AAAGUUUUGAAGACCUAGGCGGGGUGUUAAGAGAAGCAGCCGUCUGUUUCUUUGACUUUUGACUAGUAUUGUUGCUCUUUAGAUCUCGCCACGUGUCACCCCCUUACAACUCGAGAUGGAAACGCGUUGGAGUAAGGGUAGUUUUGGAAUUCGGGCUUUUGAAGGGACGAAGAUCGAAUCGAAGAAGACCAACAACAAAUCUUUCUUUCAUUCUCCUUCUCCAGAUCUUCCUCAGACAUAUCAAAAGGAAGUGAUGUUUUCUCUAAUGCAUGGAUUGUGGACUUACAUGUUCAGCAAAACUGAGUUCCAUGUCCUCAUUCUUGGUAUCGACAAAGCUGGCAAAACGACGUUUCUGGAGAAGUUGAAAACGAUAUACUCAAUCUCAGAAGGUCUCCCACAUGAUCGGAUUGUUCCUACUGUUGGCCUUAAUAUUGGUCGUAUUGAAGUCGCCAAUGCUAAAAUCGUCUUUUGGGACCUUGGAGGUCAGCCUGGCUUGCGUUCGAUUUGGGAGAAGUAUUAUGAAGAAGCACACGCAUUGAUAUAUUUGAUCGACGCAGCUUGCCCAUCCCGCUUUGAAGACUCAAAAUCUGCUCUAGAAAAAGCACUACGGCACGAGGAUUUGCAAGGAGCGCCUCUUUUGAUAUUGGCAAACAAGCAAGAUCUCCCAAAUGCUGUCUCAGCUGAGGAGCUAGACCGAUACCUGGAUCUAAAGAAACUAGACGAAAGGGUGUACAUGUUUGAAGCAGCUUCUGGAUACGAUGGGCGAGGAAUCAAAGAGAGUAUAGAAUGGCUGGUGGGAGUGAUGGAGAGAAGCAAAAGAACGGAAGCAUUAAGAGCCCGUUCAGGAUAUGUUCCUGUCCCAACUUCCUAGACUUGGAAAGGAGCGCUCACAAACUCAAUUCUCAAACCAACUAAACUCUUUUCUGUGAGAAACAUUUGUAGAUAAAAAAAAAAAAAAAAAGGAAUGGACCAGAAUCGUGCAAUGUUUUGUGUUAGCAUCAGAUCACUUGAUAAGUAGGGCUAGUAAUAUCAUUAUUAUAUUGCCUUUACAUCCUUACCAAUGCUAUGAUUCAGAUUGAGACU